UUUUAGGAAAUAAAAAAUAAAUGUAUUUUUUCACCUCAUCAUUCCACUUACUUGUCUAUAUGAUUUAUUAUAUUACUUAUUUAAUAAAAAUUAAUUUACAAAAAUAAUUAUCAGCGGGAGGAAGAAAUUGGAGAUGCAAUAGCCAACAGAGGUUCCAUUGUCUGUCUUCGCCAGAGUUGAUAGAAAAGCUGGGAGGCGACAAAAAAGGGGCAGAGGAGCCGGCGAUGAAACACUGGUGUUGAGAUCUAGCUCGCCCUAUUCUGCAACUACAUGGAUCUAGGAAAAUUGUUGCUUUGGCCUGGCUUUUUUCGACUUGGUGACCAAAGAAACUCAAAGGACAAGACCUGGGAAGCCAGGGGUGUUCAAACGGAUUGGUUACCGUGGUAACCAUAUUAACCGAUAGCAUUCGGUUAAUUUGGUUUGGUUAAUUUGGAUAAUUGGUUUGGUUUGGUUAAACAAUUUAGCUUAUUUGGUUUAGAUGGUUUGGUUUGGUUUGAACACUACUAAUCAAUUAAACCAAUUAAUGAUACACUAAUAUACAAAAUUAUUUAUACUUUCAUGCAACCAACCAAACCAAACUAAACUUUCGUGACUCCCUAUUUUAUUUCCAUGUGCACAACAAACCAAAACAUUAUGGAUGAAAAAUUAAAUGGGUCUGCCUAUAUUUACUAUGGAUCAAAACAUUUUGGACAACUACUAGACUUUAGGAUUACGUACAAUACCAUGACAACUACCUCAAACCAUGUAUAGUUUAAGUGUUUUGUAAGAGAGCUUUAACUUCCUGAUGAGGGGUAUUGGUAUGUAUUUAUGUUAAGGGGUUUGUUGUAAGCUACAUGUAUUAGGUGGAGAGGUGAUGAAUGAUGUAUAACUCGAAUGACGAUGAUAAUUAUGGAUGGUUUAUUGCUUAUAUAAAAUGAUAGUUUAUGUUUGUUUUCAUGUAAUGUUAUGCUAUUUGGUUAAUCCGAUUAACCAAACCAAUUAAACUUUGGUUUGGUUAAUUUGGUUUUCGUGUUAAUUUGGACGAUUUGGUUAAGACAUUUUAUUCCAUGGUUAAUGAAAUUUAGGCUUAAUUGGUUUGGUUAUUUCUACGGUAACCAUUUGAACACCCCUAUGGGAAGCUGUGGAUAUCUCUCCUAAAGCAUCGGCGCGGGGAAGAAGAUGGGCGAGGAAAGGAUGCCGACGUUGGAUUCCGAUGAAGAAUCUUCCCACCACGCUUCCUCUUCAACCAAAAAACUGGAGGUCCAUCUCGUCCGAUCUGCAGCGUCGAAACCUGGAAGUCUGUGCUUCACGGUCACGGGGCAAUUGUCACGCGGGACUUUGGACUUUUCUUCGGUUUUUUUGCUCUUUUUGACCUCCAAUCGUCUCGAAACGCGUCCUUGACCCUUCCACACGUGCUAGGACCUGAAAUAUAUCAAAACAAGCACAAACUAGCAUAAAAUAGGUCGAGGGACUGUGAUCUACUAAGCAUAACGUAUAAGAAGUGAGGGUAAAAUGUGUACAUUUGGACCCAAAUCAGAAGUGCAGGUGCGUGAGGUGUGAUUCAUAGAGAUGAAGGAAGGCUGGUACAGGCUUUCACCGCCAACCUAGGGGGAGGCUCUAUCACAUGAGCGGAGCUAAUGGGAAUCAACAUCGGGUUGAAGAUUGCUUGGGAUGACGGGCAAGGCAAGUGGAGGUGCAAAUGGAUUCUCGAGGUGCAAUGGAGUUGAUUCAAAGUGCAUCCGAAGGAAGUCCAUACUGUAACCUGGUUUUUCAUAUUCGUCAGCUGCUGGGUAGAGAAUGGAAGGCAGUCAUCAAACAUGUGCUUAGGGAGGCUAACGUUGUUGUGGACUUUCUAGCCUCGAUGGGGCAUUCGUACAACGUGGACGUCAUUACUUCUCCGAUUUCGUCGUUAAAUUACUUGUUGCUUCAUAAUGUACUGACAUUCAGUCCCCUAGAAUUGUUCUAAAUUAAAUGGUUGGAACGCCGCCUCGCUCCAUCCUAUUACCCAAAAAAAGAGACAUUGGCAAAAGCGUACAAAAAAAACUAGCGUGGGCCCCGGCCAAUUGGGCGGAAGAAGGUGAGGUAUGAAAUUUGAUAAUGUAAUGGGGUGUAUAGCUUAUUGUUGCUAGCUUUUUCUUAGCCCGUUGACCGAUUAAUUUGCUUUAUAAAACUUUCAUCUUGUCUCCAUUGUGUUUUCUGUUUUUUACCAGGCCAUGAUAAAAUCUAAAGAAAUUAAGAACGAACAACACGAUUUGGGAUAGGAACGGUCGUUCCUGUAUGCCUAGAAAAUGGUGAUAAACACGGACUCGCCUGCCAAACUGAUUUGGAUUGAGAUUUUUAUUGGGUAUCAGGGAACCAUGUGAUUAAAAAUUAGCCUUGAUCAAAACGGGCCAACACUUGAAAUUCAGUAUGUUUGACCGACUCAUGCCAAACUCUAAUUAUUCUUUACUUUUAAACUUUCUAUUUGAAAAUAAAAAAUAGUGAAAGAAAAGAGAUGAUUGCAAUUCGCCACUUGCACAUCACUGAUUCGAGAAUAAAACCAUAGAUAAUCG